GCGCUGCAUCGAACUCACGAGUCUCUUUCGUGACGAUGGUUCUUCGACGAGAGCUCUGCCAGUGGGCGCAAAAGGUAAAACGUUGUUUUCUACCGUAUUGAUCGAUAGCAAGCUGAAGGCUGAAGCACUGAAGGGCCAAGGCUGACAUUGAAGUGGACGGCGUGGUGAUGGUGGAGCCGGGCGAAUGAUUUCUAGGAUCAACACUUAGGUAGGGAAUUGGCUGAGGCCUUUCGGAAUUGAACGGUGAACCGUAUGCCCCUAGCGCAAGCUUGUCUGGUGCCAACUUGGAGCGUGGAGAAUGACUUGUGACUUGCGAGCAGAGGCUGGAGAAGCGCUCGGAAGUGCAACAAUCGUGUAGCACCAAAAGCAAAACCCUCUGCGGAGGACUUCAUAAAACAGCAUUCGCGACUUUGAAAAUUGCAAGGGCAGAUUGAAAGGCCUUCACGUAACCCAGCCGGCUUGUCUUCCACGGACUCUCACCUAUUGCAACUGACUGUAUGCAACGCCGGCCCAUAGUGGGGUAAUUGGCGGCAAUCAGAGACGCAAUGAACGGACAGGGAGCAAGCGCUCCGGCUGCUGGUGAGCAGAGACGGGAAAGGGACAAUCUCGCACUGGAGGUAGUUGCUGGACCAUGCAAGACAAAAGAAGCCUUCAUGGCCAAAGGAGCAAGCAUUACGGUUGGGAGGACAAAGAAGAGCACUCUGCAUCUCCAGGACAGCUCCAUCUCAGAAAGGCACGCGAUUCUGGAGUGGGUAAACGUCUCCUGGACCAUUCGAGACCUCGGAAGCUCAAAUGGCACGCAAGUCAAUGGAAGAGAUGUACAGCCGGCAGCAGAAGAUGCAGACGGCCGGAUCCGGUUGCAAGCUGGUGAUCUAAUCCGGCUGGGGACGCGCACGUUUCUGCAAGUGACCAUUGGGCCUCCAGUCCCGCACGACAUGACGGUGGAGCAGUACUUGGAGUUUGAAUGCAACAUGCUUGUUCAGCGAAUACAGGCUCGCUCAAAGUUCCUCCAGCAGGAUCUUCGGGGCCAGGCGGAGCAGCUGAAGACACGGCUGAGACAAGCAAUGCCGGCUGUCUCAUAGUCGACCAUACAUUACUUGCGAACGUACGUUGUUACCGCUGUUUUACCAAUCUUAACAUGGAGGCUGUUAACGGCUUCCCAGAGUAAAAAAGAAGUUAAAAUCAAUCUGCAUACAUCAAAUACGAUGUACAUGAGACAGCUUGUCAGUCUAGAAGUGAAAGCUGCCGAAGUCAUUUAUGAAGGCGUCAGAUUGAAUGCAGGUUUCCAUAGUACCUAUUCUGUCGAUUUGACGAGUCGCUUCUCAUAACUGUGCCAAAGAAGACUUUCUGCUACAAUUUCCAAUCCUUAUGUUACUUUUUGAGUACCAGUCUUUCGAAGGAUAGUACUUCGAUGACUUCAGAGCUUGUCACGUACCAACAGACAGCUUCUUAUGACAGAUUGCAAUCUGGCGCCUUAGGACUUUGGGUCGCUGUUCGUCAAGCACUGUCACGGUGCAGAUCAACUGGGC